GAAGGUGAAGGCUUGUAGAGUCGCCCCCGUCAACAGGAGUCGCCGGGGCGGCCUGGCCUCUGCCUAGCAACAUAGAGCGUGGAGCCGAACAAGGAACGCGUAAACUGUUGCCGUGGCCAUGUCAAGUUUCCGUUGUCCGGGGGAAGUUGAGGCAGCCACUUCAGCAAUUUCCUUGUCGAGAUCUUUCGCGCGAGGUUCUGCGUGAUCAGAUUCAACGCCAUGCCGAACAGAGAUUACGAAAUGGAAACUUUGAAGCGGCCACUUCGACUUUCUCCAAUCGGGAAAGAGUUGCAAUGGCCGUCGGAACGCGCAGCAAGUUUGAAGCCCACACGCGUAGCAUGUGCAGCCUGCUUCGCGCUGAUGCAUGCUGCGCAACGUUCCCACACGUGGGCGCAUGUUCUACAUGUUGCACGUGCCUCGCUGCGCGCGCGCAGCGCGCGGCCUCGAAAAUUUUUGUUGUGUGCGCACAGAUGUCGAUCCGCGCGCGCGCAGCGCGCGCCGCUAAAAAUUUUUGCUAUAUGCCGAUCGCAUUGGCGCGUGCGACUGCUUUUUUAUCUUACUCCCUUGACUCCCUUGAAAAGUUGCGCUGUACUCCCUUGGCUGGCGCCAGACACUAAUAAACCUACUAUACGACGUGUUUAUGCCCCCCGCGGAAGAAGUACAGUAUCGACCACUUAACGACAUGGGCAUUGGAUUCUGCACAAGAUGAAGAACAUGUCAUCUCCUUAUUUACCUUUUGGAAACGAAGAACAACCUACCAACCCGAAAAGCACUUGUACUACAGAAUUGUCUGGAACUUUUCCAAGAAGCCCUCCUAGCGAAAACAAAUGACUGUAUGUAUCAUCUCCCAGAAGACAUGAUCACCAAAAGACUGUCUUGAAGUUUUUCCUGCUUCAAAAUCAACCUUUAACGUAAAUCCAUGUAAGUACCAGUUCACUACUAACGUCAGAUUUAUCCCUACGUAACAGACGCACACCACGACAUGGAGUCGCUCGCAAGAGACCUGAUUGGACCCUUCAUUUCAGUAGAGGAGUGCGUAGUGUUUGUCG